CGUUUCUCAUCUCCGUGGAUUCAUGUCCACGGGUGAUUUUGACUCCCAACAAAGCAAAGGCUUUCCCAAACAAAGCCUCUCAUAAUGCCCAGCCAGAAGACAUCUUCGGGAAAGAGGUUUGCCGCUCCGCCGGCGAGGUCAGCGUGCACAUCUUGCAGAGCAUCGCGAGUCCGAUGCAGCGGAGACACUCCGUGCGGCCGUUGUAUCAGCAGAAACCAGACAUGCACCUUUACGCCAAGUCGUCGUGGCCUUAGACCACGUUCAGGCCUUAAACGCAGGCCGGACAUAACUUGUACGCAUCGAAAUGAUGAUUCCAUCCACACAAGCGGAGUUGGUCCAAUCAGCGCUCCUCUAAUCCAGUUGGAACCCAGUCCCGCCGAGGACGUGAGAGGCGGCUUCCUUCCAUCGCUCUACGGCGACAACCUCGAAGAAUUCUGCUUUGACGAUAUAUUUGGAGGGCCUUCAGACGACGCGUUAGAGAGCUUCUUUACCGACAUUUUUAGCAUCCCGUCUUUUCCGCGAGCCAAGACCGCCGAUGGCCCAGUGUUGGAACCUCUUCCGUAUGAGCGACCCGUCGUUCGAGGCUACAGAUCCGAUGAUGAUGUAAUACGAGCCUAUUACGAAUUGAUUCAUCCCGCCUUCCCUAUUCUUCCUCCACCGCUGGAGGAGUCGCCAGAAGAUGUGAACCAUAUAUCCGAGCCCUGGGCCCCGAACGGCCAGUUCUUUUCUGACUACGAACCUACCUCGCCUCUGGUUCUCGCUCUGCUGUCGGUGCUCACCCUUUUGCCCCACGCCAAUAAUGAGCAUGCCUUGGAAAAGGACAGUCGUGAAUGUCGGGCUACUUUCGCUCAGUCUCUAGCCCAAUGCGCGCUUGAGUCAAUCGAGAUUGGAGCAACUCUGAAUCCGCCAACAUGUUGUUCCCUGUCACCAUCCGCAUUCCAUUCAAAUGUGCCGGCAGAGCUAGAGGCUCCCCUGGCCUACUGCGUCCUUAGUCUCUACCAAUAUCUCCAUCGCGGAGAAAUGACAGAAAUGGUACACUUUGCAAACCAGGCCUACGAUGCUUGCGUGCUUUUAUCCCUACACCAGUUCGUGGAAGAGAAUAAUGUCUUUAUGGAAGCUGUACGAAGAACAUGGUGGAUGACUUACGUCAACAUAUGUUUUUCUGCAACCAUAACCUGCAAGCCCCCGACACGACCCACAGAUAUAUCCAAGUUCACGACCCCUUAUCCAACGACAGGCAUCACAUCCACAGUACGUACUCGAUCAUGCUUCUAUUUCCAAGUGUUUGUCAUGAAUAGAUCUGAUCGUCGGAAGAGCUUGGAUUGGAUUCAGUAUAUUCGCGCCGAAGAGACCCUGGUCGCUGCUACCCUCCUCCUGGUCGCUCUCGUCACGGGCUCCGGCUCCGACGCCGCCACGCCAGCAUUCAGACGCAGUCUUUCCUUCAUGAACACAGUCAUAGACAAUCAGCUGAGUUGUCUCUCAGUGUACAAUGAUCUAGAGUCGAGCGCAGAUAUAUCUCCAGAAGACAAAUUGAUGCAGUCCCUCAGGGCCAUGACUGUAAUCAGAUUGAUGAGUGCUCGUAUCAAAACUCAUAGGUAUUGCGCCAUGAUGAGUCAUCCUAGCAUAUUGAAGAGGUUCGAAACAGUUCCAUCAUGGCGCGCCCCUCAUGAGAUUCGUCAAUCAGUUUCCACAGGACUCAACGUCGAGGGUGGAAAUCAGGUCGCUCAGCUAUUUCCCUUUCCAUGUCAGGACUCGCUGAAUAUUUGUGUCGACUCUGCUUUGGAAAUUGUCAAUUGCCUGGCAUCAUUACGCAAGGAUCUUCACAUCGCACCUUUUGCCUGCUCAGCCCUUUUAGCUGCUUACACGCUCAUGAUGAUAUCAUUCUUCCAGAAUUACAGUCCAGAAGAAGGGGUAUGCGCAAUUUCUGUCACUGAACUACAGGGUCGAUGCAAGUAUGGUGUCAAUGCUUCUAUAGACACACUCGAACAUUUUGCAGUUGGAUUUGACUUCAUUAAACUUCUUAAAGAUCAGCUCCAAGCUGCCGCAAUUGCCUGUGAGAUGCGAUAGAUAGGUCAACGCUGGAUGUUGAAGACGACUCAUGUGUACACGUAUGGUGUUCUUGCCUAAAUUAUAAAAAUUCAUUUCAACAGGGUACAAGAGGCAAGCUCCAGUGCUAACUGAAGUAACAAAUUGUGUACUCCAUGAUUACCUGCUUUGUUAAAGAGUUGGGACCUCGUAACUGCUAUGACAUUGGAAAAGGGCAGGAGGGAAUACAACGAUGCGAGAGUGUAUCAUCCCUUCAUGUACAUUGAAGCAGAACAGUUUGCAAGUCUCACAGCUGCAAGUAACAAUCGAACGAGGCUUGUCCUCAAACACUGAUGGAAACCAAUGCAGUAUUGAUUGGUGGUAACCCCGUAUCUGGUUGAUCUUGGACCAGAACUUGUUCACUUAAUAAAGGUAGUACAUGGCUGAACCUUCAACAACUGCAAACUCCAUCCAACCGUCGGCGUUGAUCCUGUC